CUAACGUACUCUUAAACAGUCGCUCGGUACGUUUAGUAACGUGAACAUCACGAUGGUGAAGGCUCGAAAAUACGUUGUCAAAAAAGCAUUUGAGGGUUUACCCAAACGUGAAGACUUCGAAAUUGUGGAAUACGAGUUACCUUCCCUAAAAAAUGGAGAAAUUCUGGUCAAAGUUGAAUGGGUGAGUGUGGACCCAUACAUGCGUGCUUACAGUACUCAAUUUUCCAUUCCUUACGAUCAGUUCGGCUAUCAAGUUGGCUUGGUGGAAGAUUCGAAGGAUCCCAAAUUCCCAGUUGGCACCAAAGUUGUCUCCCACAAAGGCUGGUGUGAUUAUGUUAUCAUCGAUACCAAUGAAGUCGAUCCUUUCUGCUCAGUGUACAAACUGCCAGAAAUCAAAGGUUUCUCGGAUUCUUUGGGAGUGGGAGCAGUGGGUAUGCCUGGUGCAGCUGCGUACUUCGGACUUAUGGAUAUUUGUAAACCAAAAGCUGGUGAGACAGUGGUUGUAACGGGGGCUGCUGGAGCGGUCGGCUCACUGGUUGGACAGAUUGCUAAGAUCAAGGGCUGCAAGGUCAUCGGCUUCGCUGGCUCUGAAGAGAAGCUGAAGUGGCUGGAAGAGAUCGGCUUCGACAAGGCGAUCAACUACAAGGGUGCCAACCUUUCGGCUGCUCUCAAGGAAGCUGCUCCUAAAGGUGUUGACUGUUACUUCGACAACGUUGGUGGAGAGCUCAGCAGUAUUAUCAUAAAUCAGAUGAACGACUUUGGCAGGGUAGCAGUUUGUGGUAGUAGCAGUUCUUACAACGAGGAUCCUUCUAAAACACCUAAGGCGUCUAUUCUACAACCAGCUUUGGUAUUCAAGCAAUUGAAAAUAGAAGGUUUCUUAACAUGGCGAUGGCUGUAUCGUCAAUCAGAUGCACAUACAGAACUUAUCAAGUGGAUACAGAGUGGAGAGUUAAAGCCCAGAGAACACAUCUAUGAAGGUUUCGAAAACAUCUACGACGCGUUUCUUGGAAUAUUGAAGGGAGAAAAUGUUGGUAAAGCUGUUGUUAAAUUGUAAGCUAACAAAGUGUGUAUAACUAAUUAAAGUAGAUACCUGUCUGACUUUUA